UUUGCAAAUCCUACCAAUUAACUCUUACAUAAUGAAUGUAUGAAGAUGGAGUAGGAAUCAGUAGGAAUCAAUGUAAGGGGAAACAACUCUGCAGAGGCCUCUGCUAUUUAGAUCAAUGUCUGCGCUACACAACAGGAUACAGCUGUUCGGCAACCCCUGUAUCACAGGAUGUGUUUGCCAAUGUGGCCCAUAUUUCUCAGGAGGAUGGUAGAGACCCCCCCACUUGAGGUAGUGCACAUGACCUCAGGCUUAUAAAGGGGUGAAAGAGCUGGAGAAACCCUGGCUUCACACUGGAUACCUGACAGCUCAAGCAUGCAUGGUUGGAUUUUAUUGGCUACUUUCAUUCUGGGAGGGACGCUGAACACUGUCUUGUGCCACAGCAGUGUGGACAUGGAGAGGAACUGCUCAGCCUUCCCACCAUACAUCCCCCCCACAGCCAUCAACAGCACCCUACAGCUCAUUGCUCUACGGCAGACCAUGGCUCCGCUCAACAUCCACGCCUACAUCAUCCCUGGCACCGACGCCCAUCUGAGUGAAUAUAUCGCCCCACGCGAUGCUCGGAGGGCCUGGAUGACGGGCUUCACUGGGUCUGCUGGCACAGCGGUGGUGACCCAGACGCAGGCGGUAUUGUGGACUGAUAGUCGGUACUGGUUGCAGGCUGAGCGACAGAUGGACUGCAACUGGGAGCUGGUGAGAGACUCUUCUGUUGAUAAUAUUGCAAACUGGCUGAUCCAGAAGGUUCCAGAGGGCAUGGAGAUCGGCUUUGACCCCUUUCUUUUCUCUGUUGCCACGUUUGAGGCCUUUAACAGUAAGCUGACCUCAGCCAACCGAUCCUUGAUGUCCCUCCCUGACAACUUGGUGGACAAAGUGUGGGCCGACCGUCCCCCACUUCCCCCCGAAAACCUCUUCCGCCUCCCAGACAACAUCAUCGAGAGAACCUGGCAGGAGAAAGUGCAGGAUAUCCGGCGGCAGAUAUGGGACAAUCCCUACAAGCCGACGGCCAUCCUGCUGUCUGCGCUGGACGAGACGGCCUGGCUCUUCAACCUGCGUGGUAAUGACAUCCCCUACAACCCCUUCUUCUACUCCUACACCCUGCUGACCCAGGAGCACAUCUGGCUGUUUGUACACAACCAGCGAGUGACACAGGAGCUGCAAGCCUACCUGAAUGCAUCAUGCCAGGGUUCCCUCUGCGUACAGCUGCCAGGCUACGACCAUGUGCGUGACGAGCUUCGGAGCUACAUGGAGCAGCCUGGCGUGAGAGUGUGGAUCGGCACUGAGUUCACCACCCGCGGCCUGUCUGAAAUCAUCAGCCCAAAGGAGAAGCUGCUGACCAGCACCUACUCCCCAGUGCUCAUCGCCAAAGCGGUGAAGGACGAGACGGAGCAGCGGGUGCUGAGACAGGCUCACGUGAGGGACGCAGUCGCUGUCAUCCAGCUGUUGACCCGGCUGGAGAAGACUGUCCCUGAGGGGCAGGAGACAGAAGUGACCGCCGCCCGCUUUGUGGACGAGUGUCGCAGCAAGCAGAACUUCAGCAAGGGACCCAGCUUUGAAACCAUAUCGGCCAGUGGACCCAACGCUGCCCUGGCCCACUACAGUCCCACCAACGAAACCUGCCGCAAGCUGACUUUGAAUGAGAUGUAUCUCCUUGACUCAGGUGGCCAGUAUCUAGAUGGGACGACUGACAUUACUCGGACUGUGCACUGGGGUACUCCCACUGACUUUCAGAAGGAGGCUUUUACACGUGUGCUGAUGGGAAACAUUGAGAUAUCGCGUACCAUCUUUCCUACAGGUACCAGAGGCAUAAACAUAGAGAUGCUGGGACGCAGGGCAUUAUGGGAAGUUGGCCUCAACUACGGUCAUGGCACCGGGCACGGCGUGGGGAACUAUUUUGGUGUCCAUGAAUGGCCCGUGGGAUUCCAGAGCAAUAACAUCCCAUUUACCAAGGGAAUGUUCACCUCCAUAGAGCCAGGAUAUUACCGAGAGAAUGAGUUUGGAAUAAGGAUUGAAGAUGUAGCAGUUGUGGUAUCUGUCGAAACAAAGUAUGGUGGGGGGUACCUGACCUUUGACACGGUGUCACUGGUGCCUUACGACAGGAAGCUGAUUGACACUUCCCUUCUGAGCCCAGAACAGCUGCAGUGGCUAGAUUCCUACCACAAGAAGGUCCGUAGCAUUCUGGGGCCCGAGCUGGAGCGGCAGGCUCUCUGGGAGGAGCAGAAGUGGCUGCUGAGGAGCACAGAGCCCCUCCUUCCUGUUACCAUGGCGCCGUGAAGCUCCCUCACUUUCAAGCGAUGGAGAUGCUGUCACGUGACAGUAUUGUAGCUGACUUGUAAUGCUGCAGCUUCUGCUCAAUCGACGUUUUACUCAUCAAAGUUUUGGUUUUUGCUACAGUAAUUUCAUUAGCUCACUCUCCAGAACUAGAGGACUGAUCAAUGCAGUCAUUCCAGUCCUUUCUCUGUUUUAUAUCACUAAGGCUGCAGAUAUUUUGAGUACAAAUCCAGACCAAGAUUUUGUUUCAACCAACCAGUUGAGUACUCUGUGAAUGUAACUCUUUAUGCUCAACUGGUUGGUUGAAACAAAAUCUUGGUCUGGAUUUGUACUCUCUGGACCUGAAAUCUCCACCUCUGAUUGCAGGUUUACGGCUGUUUCAUCUAGCAAUUCACUUCAUCCAUUUGUUUGCGCUUCAAUAAAACCUUGAAAAUUCA